AGAUCCGAUCAUGUGACAGUCUAGAGGCCGGAUCUGGGCUGGUGACGGGACGCUCUGAGUUUUGACAAAACAAACGGCGACGCCGCCGCCGCCGGGUCUAUGGCUGAGGCGGUGAGGGCCCCUCGCCGGGCCAAGGCCAAGGCCAGCCGGACUAAAGUCAAGGAAAAGAAGAAAUGUGAAACCCUUCAGAGGGAAGAGUCCCAAGACGUCUUCCUUCUAGAAACUUCCAGAGAGCAAGAAAUCCCUCUUGCAGUGGAUGAAACCCAAGAAGAUCUGAUUUUGAAAAUAACUGACUCCCAGCCACAGGAUGAAGCCAGUGAACAAAAGGAGAGUGAAAUGUUUGAUGUUCCACUCACCUCCCUAACUAUAAGCAAUGCUGGCUCCUUGACAUGUGUCACCAACACCCUAACAGAAGGGGGAGAGGUCAGAGCCCAUGUUGAGGAAGGAGCCAUCAAGCCAAAGGUCAACCUUGGAGACGAUGUUGGAACCAAAGUAGAAACCCCCAAGAACUUUACAGAAAUAGAAGAAAAUAAAUUGUUACAUUGUGGACCUUCAGAAAGCAUUCUGCAGCCUGAUUUUUCUCAUUUUCAACAAGAAAUGGGAACUUUGCAGGUUCUCAGAGCAUCUCAUAAUAGGACAGAAGACAAACAAGACUUGGCUCUGUCUUCAGAGGUGCUACACAGUGUUGGCUUGCAGAGUUCUUGUGAAGCCACAGUUUUAAACCCACCUGUAGUGAAAAAACUGUAUCCCCAGUUGCCCUCUGAAAUGACUAGAGAAGAACCAGCUUUGGUGGCUGUGAAACCUCUAUUGCGUAAUGAACGACUCUAUCCUGAACUGCCAUCUCAACCAGAACUAGUACCAUUUACUAAAGAACAGCUAAAAAUCUUUGAGCCUGGCUCCUGGCUGGAGAACAUUGAGUCAUACUUAGAAGAAUUUGACUGCAUGGCUCAUCAGGACAGGCAUGAGUUUUAUGAGUUGCUUUUGAACUACUCACGCUGUAGGAAGCAGCUGCUGCUGGCUGAAGCUGAGCUACUUACCCUGGUAUCUGAUUGCCAAAAUGCUACAAGUCGACUGUGGCACUUUAAGGAGGAACAAAUGUCUGUCCAGGGUAUCUGUGCAGAUCAAGUGAAAGUUUCAGGCUAUCAUCGCUACGAGAGAGUAGAGCUGGAUGAAAAUGCACUAGCAGAGCUAAAGAAGAUCUUUGACGCCAAAUCCGAGCACCUCCACCAGAUCCUGGCUCUGCAUUCUUACACGUCUGUGCUCUCGAGAUUACAAGUGGAGUCUUACAUCCAUGCUCUGCUCAAUAGUUCAGCUGUUCUGAGAUCUUUAGCAAUUCAUCAGCAAGGUCUAGUGUUGAAACAGAUAGGAAGUGUUCCCUCUGAUCUGUGUCAGCUGAAGGAGUGCAUCAGUGUCCUGUUCAUGUUUACCAGGAGAGUUCACGAGGAUGCGCAGUUCUAUGAGGAUGUCCUUCUCUGGCUGCAGAGACUGGUGUCAGUGUUACAAAAAGUUGGCUAUCCUGGAGAUCAUCUCUUCCUUCUGAACCAUAUUAUCCGAUGCCCUGCUGGUGUUAGUAAAUGGGCCGUUCCUUUCAUCCAGAUCAAAGUGUUGAAUAACCCAUCGGGAGUCUUUCAGUUUAUGCAGUCCCUUGCCCUGCUCAUGUCUCCUGUCCAAAAUCGAGCAGAUUUCAUGUGCCACAUGAAGCCAUGCGAGCGCAGCCUGACUUCCUCGGGGUCGGUGUCGGGGACCUGGACUCUAGUGGAUGAGGCGGGGGAAGAGGACGAAGACCCUGAGACUAGUUGGAUUCUCCUUAAUGAAGAUGACUUGGUUAUCCUUUUCUCCCAGUUUCCAUUUCAUGAACUCUUCCAGCAUCUUCUUGGGUUUAAGGCAAAUGGUGAUUAUUUACCAGAAACAACAAGACCUCAAGAGAUGAUGAAAAUUUUUGCCUUUGCCAAUUCGUUAGUGCAACUUCUGGCUGUGGGAUUGGAAACCUUUAACAGAGCUCGCUAUCGGCAGUUUGUGAAGCGCAUUGGUUAUAUGAUCAGGAUGACCCUUAGUUACGUGAGUGACCAUUGGGCGCAGUAUGUGAGCCACAACCAAGGCUUGGGGUUGGCCCUACAGCCCUAUUCCCUGGAGAAGCUGCAGGUUGAGUUCGAUGAGCUGUUUUUGAGGGCUGUUUUACAUGUGCUAAAAGCCAAAAGGCUCGGCAUUUGGCUGUUUAUGUCUGAAAUGCCCUUUGGGACGCUGUCAGUCCCGACGCUGUGGAAGCUCUUCUACCUCAUGCACCAGGUGGAAGGUGGGAGCCUGGAGAAGCUCUGCGCCACCCUCUUGCCUGCCCAGUGCAAGGCGCACCUCCAAGACCCGGAGCAUUUUGUGCACUUUGAGAAGUGUCUUUCUUCCAUGAAUAGCUCAGAAGAGAUUUGCCUUCUGACUACAUUUGCUCAGAUGGCACAGGCCAGAAGAACCGACGUGGAUGAAGACUUCAUAAAAAUUAUUGUUCUGGAGAUAUAUGAGGUAUCUUACGUCUCCCUGACCACCAGAGAGACUUUUUCUAAGGUUGGUCGAGAGCUUUUAGGAGCCAUUACAGCUGUUCACCCUGAAAUCAUCUCGAUCCUUCUAGAUAGAGUUCAAGAGACCAUUGAUCAUGUUGGAAUGGUUUCUUUAUACUUGUUUAAAGAGUUGCCUUUGUAUCUUUGGCGACCUUCUACCUCUGAGAUAGCUGUAAUUCGGGAUUGGUUAUUGAAUUAUAACCUGACAGCUGUGAAGAACAAACUGGCCUGUGUUAUUUUGGAAGGACUGAAUUGGGGAUCUGAUGAACAGGGUGUCCUUCAUCUGAAUCAGGCAGUUCAUGCUGAAGUGGCUCUAAUGGUUCUGGAAGCUUACCAGAAGUACCUUGCACAGAAGCCAUACGCUGGGCUUCUUACUGAAAGUAUGAAACAGGUUUCAUAUUUGGCCAGUAUUGUUCGCUAUGGAGAGACUCCUGAGACUUCAUUUAACCAAUGGGCCUGGAACUUGACCUUGAGGUUGAAACUGCACAGAAAUGAUUAUGGGAUACAGCAGAACUGUCCAACCGUUCCCUUCUCCAGAACUGUGCCUGACAUGACUGAGUCAGCCACGUUCCAUCCGCUCUUGAAGGCUGUGAAAGCAGGCAUGCCCAUUGGCUGUUACCUUGCCUUGUCCAUGACGGCUGUGGGCCACAGCAUCGAGAAGUUCUGUGUGGAAGGCAUCCCACUGUUGGGAAUUCUGGUACAGUCCAGGCAUUUGAGAACAGUGGUCCAUGUCCUGGAUAAGAUUCUGCCUUUGUUCUACCCUUGCCAGUAUUAUCUUCUGAAAAAUGAGCAGUUUCUAUCUCACCUCCUUUUGUUCCUGCACUUGGACAGCGGUGUCCCUCAGGGCGUCACACAACAGGUCACCCACAAGGUGGCACAACACCUGAUGGGAGGCAGCCACGGAGACAAUGUGAAACUUCUCAACAGCAUGAUCCAGGCGCACAUAUCUGUGAGCACUUGGCCCAAUGAAGUGGGUCCUGUUGCUGUGCUGGAGUUCUGGGUUCAGGCUCUUAUCAGUCAGCAUCUGUGGUACCGGGAGCAGCCCAUCCUUUAUCUCAUGGACCACUUGUGUAAAACGGCUUUUCAGCUGAUGCAGGAGGACUGUGUGCAGAAAUUACUCUACCAGCAACACAAGAAUGCUCUCGGCUACCACUGUGACCAGAGUCUGCUCUCUUCUUUGGUUAGCUGGAUUGUGGCUGGCAACAUCACACCUUCAUUUGUGGAGGGCCUGGCCUCACCCACUCAGGUGUGGUUUGCGUGGACUGUACUGAACAUGGAGUCCAUCUUUGAAGAAGAUUCCCAGCUUCGAAGAGUUGUUGAAGGGGAAUUGGUUAUAAACUGUGCUUUCACUCCGGACCAAGCUCUGAAGAAAGCCCAGGCCCAGCUGAAGCUCCCCAUCGUCCCAUCCUUCCAGAGGCUGCUGAUUUAUCGCUGGGCCCACCAGGCCCUGGUCACACCUGCUGAUCACCCUUUAUUGCCACUUAUCUGGCAGAAGUUCUUCCUCCUGUAUCUUCACCGCCCAGGACCCCAAUAUGGGUUACCCAUAGAUGGCUGUAUUGGAAGGAAAUUCUUCCAGAGCCCUGCUCAUAUCACUUUGUUGAAAGACAUGAAGAAACGCCUGACCGAGGUGGCUGACUUCCACCAUGCUGCAAGCAAGGCCCUUCGCGUUCCAGCAGAGGGCAGUGAAGGGCCGUGUGAGAGCCAGGCAGGCACCCCUGGAUACCUGACCUCGCCAGCGCUGCACACAGAACUCGUGAGGCUCUUCAAUGUAUAUAUAUUAUGGCUAGAAGAUGAGAAUUUUCAGAAAGGGGACACGUAUAUCCCUUCCCUACCUAAGCGUUAUGAUAUUCACAGACUGGCAAAAGUGAUGCAGAACCAGCAGGAUCUCUGGAUGGAGUAUGUGAACAUGGAACGCAUGCAGCACGAGUUUCAGGAAACUAUUGGCCUGUGGACACAGGCCAAGCUUGAGUCCCAUUCCCCACCCUGCGGUCUGUCAGUACAGCUGGACUUCACUGACCCUUUGUUGGCUAAAGAAAGGGUUUUGGGUAACUUACGGAAACAUGAGGCUCCCCAUCCUCCCCUUGUUCUGGACCCAAUGAGACCUCCUGUACCAGUGAUUUCCUCAGCCACCCUACUGAGUCAGAAGGAGACCACCCAGCUUGUGUACGUGGACCUGAAUCUACUGCAACAGCAGGCCAGAACUGCAGCUCUUCGGGAAUCUCAACAGGUUGCCCUCGAUAGUGAGCUUCUGGACACAAUACCCAAACAAUAUGUUAAUCGACAAGAGCAAAUCACACUACAGUUGGAGUGUAGAGGCAGUAGUGGUAAGAAAUGCCAAGGAGCAGCCGUUGUAACAGUUCAGUUUGAAGGGAUGCAUAAGAACGAAGCAGUAAGCCAACAGCUCUAUGGUUUGCGGAAAGAAGGGAAACAUUUGCAAACAGAAGCUGCAAAACCACCAUCACUUCGUGUCGUGGAAGCUGCUGUACAUGCAGAAAACCUGAUUACGGCCUUAGUGAAUGCCUACAAGUUGCAGCCUAUACCUGUCAUUCAGAAAGUUGGCAUUAGCCUCUUCUUUACUGUUGUGGAUUAUGUCAGCGAUGAGACACAGCGUCAUCCUCCCACAAGGCAGUUCUUUACUUCGUGCAUUGAGAUCUUGGGACAGGUGUUCAUCAGUGGCACAAAAUCAGAAUGCAAGAAAGUACUGCAGACCAUCCUGAAGAACAGGAGGCUCUGCUCCCUGCUGUCUCCUGUCUUCACUCCCAACGCUGCUCCCGCAGAGUUCAUACAGCUGUACGAGAAAGUGGUCAGGUUUCUCAGUGAGGACAAUGGUGAUAUGAUUUUCAUGCUGCUGACCAAGUUUGAUCUUAAGCAAUGGCUAAACACCACUAAACCUCCUCUGGCUGAUCGUACCAGGCUACUGGAAUCCAUUCAUUUGGCCCUUACUGCCUGGGGCCUUGAACCAGAGGAAGAGAUUUUGCUGCCAUUUAAUCUUUUCUGCAAGCACUGGACUUACCUUCUUCUCUACCAGUUCCCUGAUCAAUACAGUGAUAUUCUCAGGCUGCUGUUGCAAAGCUCUGCUGACCAACUACUGAGCCCUGAGUGUUGGAAAGCCACUCUGAGAGCAUUGGGCUGCUGUGCCCCUGACUGCCAGCAGGGGGCAGCUUCUACCAAGAGUUCGGUGUUGCAAAGCUCGCCAGCUGUUCCUUUGUCCGACAAGCAGGUCAUGGAGACUGUACAGUGGCUCUCAGACUUUUUUUACAAACUUCGCUUAUCCAAGUUGGACUUUAAGAGCUUUGGCUUGUUCUCAAAGUGGAGUCCUUACAUGGCUGAUGUGAAGACACUGUUGGGAUACCUUGUGAGAAGGCUGAUCGACUCUGAAAUGGCUGGCUUGGCCCAAGAUCCAUCUGCCAGCAGCAAAACAGUGCUGAGAUGCCUGCAUUCCCUGAUCAUCCAGCUCUUUAAACCAUGGAUCCUGGUUUUAGAGGACAGCGAAAGCAAUCAGCGACAUUACCCCUGGCUGGAGAGUGAUGCUGUGGUGGCCACAAGUAUAGUGCAGUUAUUCACCGACUGUAUUGACUGGUUACAUGAGAGUUUUAAAGGCAAACUGUUGCCUGGUGACGAAGGAGCGCUCUGGUUACACCUGAUGCAUUAUUGUGAAGCAUGCACGGCACCCAAGAUGCCCGAGUUCAUCCUCUACGCCUUCCAUAGCGCGUAUAGGAAGCUCGCAUGGCGGGAUCUGCGCCCUGACCAGGUGCUCAUGGAGGCCUUCUUCAAAGUGGAACGAGGAAGCCCCAAGAGCUGUUUCUUGUUUUUGGGGUCUAUACUCUGUGAAGUGAAUUGGGUUAGUGUGCUUGCGGAUGCCUGGAAUCCCAGCCCCCAGCCUGAAACCAGAAGCAUGAUCGUCUGCCUCCUUUUCAUGAUGAUUUUAUUGGCAAAGGAAGAUCAACUAGUAGACCAAACCGAUUCGUCUUUGCUUAACCUCCUUGGACAGACGAGUUCACUGUCAUGGCAUCUUGUGGAUAUUGUGUCAUACCAGAGUGUGAUGGGUUACUUCAGCAGCCAUUAUCCACCAUCCAUUAUCCUGGCUAAAGAGUCUUCUGCUGAAUCGAUUUUGAAGCUCCUCAAAGAGUCUGCGGGCCUUUCUAUUCCAAUCAGCGGCCAGAAACACCUUGAUGCAGUUCCAAAAUGCCGAACUUUCACUCAUCAGAUGGUCCAGUUUCUCAGUACCCUGGAACAAAAUGGAAAAAUCACCUUAGCAGUCCUGGAACAGCAAGUGUCUAAGCUCUUAGACAAUAUCAUUAUCUUUAACCUGCCUGACCUGGACAGCCAGACCCGCCACAUGGCGCUCAGUAGCCUCUAUGUGGAAGUCCUGAUGAUGAUGAACAACACAACUGUUCCAACUGCAGAGUUCCUCCGGGGCAGUAUCCGGACCUGGAUUGGCCAAAAAGUGCACGGGCUGGGGGUGCUGCCCAUCCUAACAGCAGCCUGCCAGAGCCUGGCUUCCGUCCGCCACAUGGCUGAGAUGACAGAAGCCUGCAUCCUGGCCUACUUCACUGAAGACUCCCUCAGUCCAAAUUUAGGUUGGGGCCCCAUCCUGGUGUCCCUUCAGGUUCCUGAACUCACCAUUGAAGAAUUUCUGCGGGAGUGCCUGUCCCUGGGCAGUUAUCUGACUCUCUAUGUCUACUUGCUCCAAUGUUUAAAUAGUGAACAGACUCUAAGGAAUGAUAUGAAAGUGCUGCUCAUCUUAAGCAAGUGGUUGGAACAGGUAUAUCCAAGCUCUGUGCAGGAAGAGGCAAAACUGUUCCUGUGGUGGUACCAGGUCCUGCAGCUGUCCCUGAUUCAGACAGCCCAGAACGACUCGGUCGUGACGGAAUCUGUCAUUCGGAUUCUGCUCAUGCUUCAGAACCGGCAGAGCCUGGUGGCUGAGGAGAGGCUCAACUCUGGCAUUCUGGGGGCAAUCGGGUUGGGCCGGAAGUCACCCUUGUCAAACAGGUUCCGAGUGGUCGCCCGAAGUAUGGCUGCCUUCCUUGCAGUUCAGGUUCCUACCGAUGAGCAGAUCCGGCUGAAGCCUGGCUCUGAGAUACACCUGAGUCUGAAAGCUCAGCAGGCUCUGAGUGCUCUUGAAUCUAUGCCACUAAGUAAGCAGUAUGCUGAAUACCGGGAUCAGAUCUCUCAGGCCACCCAGUUUGUAAAGCAUCCUGACCACUGCCUCCAAGAUGGGAGAAGUUUCCUGGCUCUUCUUGUUAACUGUCUCUAUCCAGAAGUGCACUAUUUGGACCACAUUCGAUAG